AUUGGUAACAUUGGGUGUCACUGUUUUACCAUUCGACCAAUAACGGUUUUCUUUUCCAAUUAACACGUGUAUUAUAUUUCAUGUCGUGUGCCAUUGUUUUAUUGUGUGCAACAACAAAGAAGUUUAGGCCUAGAAAUGGAAAAAUACAAAAAUUUACCACUUUUUCAAAAGCAGUUGCACUACUUGUGUGGAUUAAAAGAUUCGAUUAAAGCGGAACUUGAGGAGGCAGAAUCGAGAGAACCGCAGAGUUGUGAUGACGAGAACGUUUUGAACGAGGAACGAGUGAAAGUAUUGAAAAGUCGGAUUGACGAAUUAGAUAAAAUAUGGACCGACAUAAGUAAAAAAGUCAUCGAUGUUGCCGUGGAAGUAACUGAUGAAACAAAGGAUGAAGGAAGCGACAAAAAAACACUCUACGAGGAAGAUAAAAUGAUUGAUAAAGCUGAGGGAUUAAAAUGGUGGCUAGAAAAACUAGAGCCCGGAUCAGCCAACAUGCUAAAGGAAAUUAUACUAGCCAUCAUUACAAAAGGAAGCAAUAGAGAUAACGAGGAUAACAGGAACUCAGAUGGAAAAAUUCCUGCCAUUGAUGACAAAGAAAAGAAAAAAGACGACGAAGAAACCUUCAAUCUAAGCUCCAGCGACGGAAAAAGAAGCAGCAGUCCUCAACACCAAUUAAGUGGCAAGGGUCAUCGGAGUCGUUCAAGAAGUAAUGCUCGAUCUCCCGACCAUUACAGUGACGGAUAUGAUGACAAUGAAAGAGGCAAAAGUUCUCAACAACAACCGAGUGGCAGCCGUGAUAGUAGUCGUUCUAUAAGUAAUGCUAGAUAUCCCGUUCAUUACCGAUCCAACUAUGGUUACGAUGUUAGUGAUCACGGAGUACAGCACUACGUACAGGACAGUUAUCCACAGCAGCAUAAAAUCAAUAGUAAAGGCGACGGCAGGGGGUCGUUUAAUCAACAGCUGCCCUUCACCAAUCGCCCUCAAGGUCAAGCAGCUUGGAAGGGUAAACGUAAACUUAGCGCCAAUAGUAUCGCAAGAGCUGUUCUUUACAAGAACAUAAAAAACAAAAUAAUUAACGCGCAAACUCCGAUGAACUGAGGCAGCCAACAGAAUUGCGUAUAUAUUUU